GAAACACCGGACAUUCUUAUUCAGAGGCUCAAGAGGGAAGUACAGCAAGAGUUGAAGAUGCAUCGGUCUGCGUCGGAAUCGAAUGUCUUUCGGAUCAAACGAGAUGUUUCCGAGUGCGCUUGUCCACAAGGUCCUCCUGGUGAGCGAGGUCUUCCUGGAGAGAGGGGGAAAAAAGGGAAAAAGGGUGAACAAGGCCCGCAGGGUAUGGCCGGGGCGCCGGGCCAGAACGGUUUUCCGGGACCUAUUGGGUUAGAUGGACCAAAAGGUGAGAAGGGUCGAGCCGGAGAUAAAGGGCAGAAGGGCGAACUGGGUAGUUCAGGCUUUGACGUCUUUUCUGCAGUAAAGGGACUUCAGGAGCUAGGGCAUAAUAUCUCAGCGCAGACCAUCAUACAACUGAAAGGAGAGCCAGGCGAACCUGGACCACCGGGGCCACCCGGUCCUCCGGGAGUCGAAGGUCUUCCCGGACACGAAGGCAGGCAGGGAUCACCUGGUGAUGUUGGCCCAUCGGGUGAAAAGGGAGCACCAGGACCUAUUGGACCAAUCGGUCCACCUGGUACGGCGGGACUUCCGGGUCCUAAGGGUGACAAGGGUGAUAGAGGCGACCGAGGUAUGACAUCUUUGAGCGGGAAUCAGUUUACAGCUGAAGUACUCGAAGGACCCCCCGGUCGACCAGGACCACCUGGGCCCCAGGGCGAGAAGGGGGAGAUGGGACCAGCCGGUGAGCCGGGAGAGAAGGGUGUCCGGGGAAAGCAAGGGAAGAGGGGUGUCAAGGGUGAGAGCGGUGUGGCAUUGAUGAGAGGCCCACCCGGUCUACCGGGUCCAAAGGGUGAACCCGGGGAACGGGGUUACCGAGGCGAAAAAGGCAGCAAGGGAGACACGGGCUCACCAGGGCCGAAGGGAGAGCAAGGGAAUCCUGGCUUACCUGGAUUCAACGGAACAGAUGGAGAGGCUGGUAUUCAGGGUCCUCCGGGACUGCCAGGUAUUUCUGGACCUAAAGGUGAGAAAGGUGAAUAUGGGGAUAUUGGACCUCCAGGACUUAUGGGGCCACCAGGUCUACCUGGUCCACCGGGUUAUCCAGGGUUAAAAGGUGAAAAAGGAGAAAAAGGCGAAUCGAAAUACAAGAAACUUAGGCGAAGGCAGGGAGAUGGUACGUUCGAAGUGAAUGCCGGUGAAGUGAUAAUGGGACCACCGGGACCACCUGGUCCAUCUGGUACUCCUGGGCUUCAAGGUCCACCUGGCAUAAAGGGCGACCGAGGACACGAUGGUGCCAAAGGCGAUCCUGGAGAGAAGGGUGCCAAAGGAGAUCCUGGUCCAAUGGGACUACCCGGCCCCAUGGGACUGAGAGGAGAAUCCGGAAAACCCGGGGAUGCCGGGAAACCUGGUGCCACGGGGACAUCAGGAUUAGACGGCAUGAAGGGUGCACAAGGAGAACCAGGCACAAAGGGAGAAAGAGGGGAACCUGGCCUACCUGGUACCGAUGGAAUUCCUGGCAAGGAGGGACCGAAGGGAGAGAAAGGUGCUGAAGGCGAACCUGGACCGCCAGGGAGACGCGGUAAGAAAGGCGACAAAGGCAACAAAGGAGAUCAGGGUGUACCCGGGCUCGAUGCUCCCUGUCCAUUAGGGACCGACGGACUUCCGCUAGCAGGAUGCGGUUGGAAUCAAUCACAGCAGGACAUCACUAGCACCUCGAUACCAGCUGUCGAAGGUCCUGAACCCGCAGAAACGGAUUACGAGGAACCAGGAGAGGAAUACGAAUCCGGAGAGGUGUAUACGGAUCAGAACGGAAAUCAAGCCGAGCAAUAAUUGCUCGUUGUGCGCUGCCCUAAUCACUACCAACAACUACCACCACUACUACCACUACCAUCACCACUACAACCACCAAAACCACCACCGCCAUCGCCCUCAUCACUCGUCUCACCUUGCUCUCCCAAACUAACGUG